UUCAAUGUAUAGAUGUAGAUGUAAAUGAAAUUCCUCCUGCGUUCCUGUGUUGCGUUCGUUUGUUGAGAUCGGAGAAGACAUCUCACCUCGCCGGAAAACACCCAAUUCCGCCGCAUUCACUUUCUCCCUUUCAUUCAAAAUCUGCGAAUUCAAUCUACACUUCCACGAAACCAAUCCCUAACCUAACCAGCUCGAUCUAAUUUGAGGGAACGAUCGAUGGCUGGAGGACCACCCAACAUGGAUCAGUUCGAAUCGUUUUUCCGCAGAGCAGAUUUAGACGGAGAUGGCAGAAUCAGUGGUGCUGAAGCUGUCUCUUUCUUUCAGGGAUCCAACUUGUCCAAACAAGUUCUCGCUCAGGUGUGGAUGUAUGCUGAUCAAGCAAAAACCGGUUUCCUUGGGCGGACUGAGUUUUACAAUGCUCUGAGAUUAGUAACUGUUGCUCAGAGUAAGCGAGAUUUAACGCCUGAUAUUGUUAAGGCAGCGUUAUUUGGUCCCGCUGCUGCUAAAAUCCCUGCACCGCAGAUCAAUCUUGCUGCUAUACCUCAACCACGUCCGAAUCCAGCACCCCCGCAGAUGGGUGUAACAGCACCCCCGCAGAUGGGUGUAACAGCACCCCGGCAGAUGGGUGUAACAACACCCCCGUCGAGUCAAAAUUUUGCCUAUAGAGGACAGGGCUUACCGGGGCCUGUUGCGGCGAACCAGCAAUAUUUUCCUUCUCAGCAGAGUCAGACCAUGAGACCACCUCAGUCCAUGCCUGUUGGUACAGUACCCCGUCCACAACAGGGUUUUGGAGGUCCAAAUGUUUCGCAAGGAUUUAACAUGGCUGGUCACAAUGUCCCAAAUCCUGGCAUCUCAAAUGAUUGGAGUAGUGGAAGGACUGGUAUGCCUCCUGCUAGGCCUGCAGGAAUCACUCCAUCUGUUGGCUUACAGACGUCAACGCCACUCUCCUCAGUGUCCCAGUCCCAGCCAGGAAAUACUAAUGCCAGAGCAUUAGCUGUUUCUGGAAAUGGGUACUCCUCCAAUUCAGUUUUGGGCAAUGAUUUGUUCUCUGCUGCCUCAUCCACUCCGAAACAGGAACCUCGUGGGCAGAAUUAUUCUGUUAGCAGUGCACCUGCCUCAUCAGCAAUCGUUCCUGCUUCGUCUGGUGCCCAGCCUGCAAGUAAGCAAAGUUCACUUGAUCCUGUGCAGAGGGCAUUGGCUGCAUUCUCAAUGCAGCCUACAAGUGCAAACAGUCAGUUUCAGCGACCGCAGUCUGCACCACCCACAAGCCAACAUAUUUCACCACCAGCUGUUUCUCCGCUUACAUCAGCUGGGAUAUCAGUUGGAGUUGCAAGUACUAAUCUGGACAAUUCACAGCCUUCAUGGCCAAAAAUGAAACCUUCUGAUGUGCAGAAGUAUACAAAGGUGUUUAUGGAAGUUGAUACGGACAGGGAUGGAAGAAUCACUGGGGAGCAGGCACGCAGUCUAUUUUUAAGUUGGAGAUUACCAAUAGAUGUCUUAAAGAAGGUGUGGGACUUAUCUGAUCAGGAUAAUGAUAGCAUGCUUACUUUGAAGGAGUUUUGCUUUGCUCUUUAUUUGAUGGAGCGGUACAGGGAAGGUCAUACUCUUCCACAGUCCCUUCCAAGGAAUGUUAUGUUAGAUGAGACAUUGCUGUCUAUGACUGGGCAUCCAAAAAUUAAUUAUGGAAAUGCAGCCUGGGGUGUCGGACCAGGUUUUCAACAGCAACAAGGGAUUCCAGGUGCUCGGCCUGUGGCACCCUCAACUGGUUUGAGGCCGUCCGUGCAAGUAACUUCUGCCCAAGCUGAUAACACUGUGCAGCCUAAUCAGCAAAAGUCAGGAGCACCUGUGUUGGAGGAUUCCCUUUUCAGUGACACAGAUAGUGGUGAGCAGAAAGAGGCAACUGCUGGGAAGAAGGCUGAAGAAACACAGAAUGCGAUUUUAGAUUCAAAAGAGAAGAUUGAGUUUUACCGCGACAAAAUGCAGGAACUAGUUCUAUACAAAAGCAGAUGUGAUAAUCGACUAAAUGAGAUUACAGAAAGGGCAUCUGCAGAUAAGCGUGAGGCAGAAACAUUGGGCAAGAAAUAUGAAGAGAAAUACAAACAAGUAGCCGAAAUAGCGUCCAAAUUGACUGUAGAAGAAGCUAAAUUCCGUGAUAUACAGGAAAGGAAGGGGGAGUUGCAGCAAGCGAUCGUCAAAAUGGAACAAGGAGGCAGUGCAGAUGGUAUUCUUCAGGUCCGUGCUGAACGCAUACAGUCAGAUCUUGAGGAGUUACUUAAGGCUCUAGCUGAACGGUGCAAGAAGCAUGGGAUAGAUGUGAAGUCAAUUGCAAUGAUUCAGCUUCCUGCUGGUUGGCAACCUGGAAUAUCCGAGGAUGCAGCUCUUUGGGAUGAAGAUUGGGAUAAAUUUGAAGAUGAAGGAUUUGCCAAUGAUCUCACGUUUGAUUCCAAAGAUGCGUCUUCAAAAACCAAACCUGCAUUAGUUCAAGGAGAACAAAAUUUCUCUGAUGAUAAUUCAGUUCAAGGUUCACCUGUAACUGCAAAUGGGAAGCAAGGAAAUUUUGCUAAUGGUGAUUAUACAGUUGGGGAUGAAUCUUCCUAUGCACACAGUGAAGAUGACAUGGCUAGAAGCCCUCACGAUAGCCCAGCUGGGAGGACUACAGUAGAGAGUCCUUCUCACGAUUUUUCAAAUGCCUUUGAAAAAGGUUCUGAAGCAGAUGCAGAAACACACAGAAGUUUUGAUGAAUCAACUUGGGGUGCAUUUGACAAUAAUGAUGACGUGGACUCAAUUUGGGGUGCCAAGGACUCUGACUUGGAGCACCAGAGGGAUGUCUUUAAAUCUGAUGAUUUUGGUAUAAACCCAGUUAGAACAGGAACAAAAAGCCCAUUUGCUUUUGAUGAUUCAGUGCCUGCAACACCACUUUCCAAUUUCGGUAAUUCUCCAAGGUACAGUGAGGCAGGGGAUCACUUCUUUGACAUGUCAAGGUUUGAUUCCUUCAGCAUUCCUGAAAGUGGAUAUUCUCAGUCUCCACAACAACCUGAGGGACUUACAAGAUUUGAUUCCAUGAGUAGCAGCAAAGAUUUUGGCUAUAAUAACGAGAAAUUCUCAAGGUUUGAUUCUAUAAGUAGCAGCAGAGAUUUCGGCUACAACAAUCCCGAGAGGCUCACAAGGUUUGAUUCCAUGAGUAGCAGCAAAGACUUCGGCUUCGGUGGUGGUAGUCAGGGGCAUGCGAGGUUUGACUCAAUUAGUAGCAGCAAGGACUUUGGCUAUAAUGCUCCAUUCUCUUUCGAUGACUCGGAUCCUUUCGGUUCCUCUGGUCCAUUUAAGGUUACUUCAGAGAAUCAAUCUCCAAAGAAAGAAUCUGAUAAUUGGAGGGCAUUCUAGCCUCCAUGCAGUCCAAGUUUUUUCCCGGUUUUCUUUGUUGUUUCUAUUUACUUGAUUGUUCAUGAUAGCCUAUUUUUUUGUGUAUAGCUAGAAGAAAAAGCGGCACGGCAAAUAUUGUUCUAUAUGACGCAUGUAUUAGUUUAAAGACAGUUCUUUUUUUUAAUGGUAAUGUGAGGAGGAGUGCGUGGACAGAGAGAUAGAGAGAGAUAAAAUUAAAUGACAUGGUGUGGAUGUACUACUAAGUUGAUUGUGGCAAGCGGCAUGUGAGGUCUUUUUUCUUUUUAUUUUCCUUUUAUGAGCUGCGUCCUCAUGUGUCUUUCUUUGUAAAUCAUUACAUUAUUAAAGCAUUUCAUUUUGUUUUGUAA